AUGGAAGUCCAAAGGAGGAGCCAGCAGGGUAAACAAAAGAAGGGGCGUCUUUGCAGUAGCCUCUUGCCUGAGAGACACCCAGCCUCUGGGACGCUGAUCUCCACAGCAGACGUGAACCCGGAGCCUUACAGGAGGUUCUCUGGUGCAGGAAUGGGGAGAGCCAGCCUCUGCCGGCAAGGAGCCCAGAGGGGCCGCCCCCACUCUCGGCGUCGCCACCGCACUACCUUCAGCCCAGCCCAGCUGGAACAGCUGGAAGCAGCCUUUGGGAGGAACCAGUAUCCUGACAUCUGGGCCCGAGAGGGUCUCGCUAGAGACACAGGGCUCAGUGAGGCCAGAAUCCAGGUCUGGUUCCAGAACCGCAGAGCUAAGCAACGGAAGCAAGAGCGGUCCCUGCUCCAGCCACUGGCCCAUCGUCUGUCUCCGGCCACCCUCUCUGGUUUCUUUCCAGAGUCCCCCGCCUACCCCUACCCCUACGCAACACCACCUGCCGCCGUGGCUUGCUUCCCGCACACCUACAGCCAACCCCUCCCCUCCCAGCCCUCCACAGGUAGCUCAUUUGCUCUACCCCAUCAGCCAGAGGACUGGUACUCCACCUUGCACCCACCCCCCGCUGGUCAUCUGCCCUGUCCCCCACCCCCACCCAUGCUUCCCCUCAGCCUUGAGCCACCAAAGUCCUGGAACUAA